UGGGGGGUGGUUCGGCGCGGGGGCCGUUGGCUCCAGACAAAUAAACAUGGAGUCCAUCUUUCAUGAGAAACAAGAAGGCUCCCUUUGUGCUCAACACUGCCUGAAUAAUCUGUUACAAGGAGAAUAUUUUAGCCCAGUGGAAUUAUCUUCAAUUGCACAUCAGCUAGAUGAAGAAGAAAGGAUGAGAAUGGCAGAAGGAGGAGUUACUAGUGAAGACUAUCGCACAUUUUUACAGCAGCCUUCUGGAAAUAUGGAUGACAGCGGGUUUUUCUCUAUUCAGGUUAUAAGCAAUGCCUUGAAAGUUUGGGGUUUAGAACUAAUCCUGUUCAACAGCCCAGAGUAUCAGAGGCUCAGGAUUGAUCCUAUAAAUGAAAGAUCAUUUAUAUGCAAUUAUAAAGAACACUGGUUUACAGUUAGAAAAUUAGGAAAACAGUGGUUUAACUUGAAUUCUCUCUUGACGGGUCCAGAAUUAAUAUCAGAUACAUACCUUGCACUUUUCUUGGCUCAAUUACAACAGGAAGGUUAUUCUAUAUUUGUUGUUAAGGGUGAUCUGCCAGAUUGUGAAGCUGACCAACUACUGCAGAUGAUCAGGGUUCAACAAAUGCAUCGACCAAAACUUAUUGGAGAAGAGUUGGCACAACUAAAAGAGCAAAGGGUCCAUAAAGCAGACCUGGAACGAGUCUUAGAAGCAAAUGAUGGGUCAGGAAUGUUAGAUGAAGAUGAGGAGGAUUUGCAGAGGGCUCUGACACUAAGUCGACAAGAAAUUGACAUGGAAGAUGAAGAAGCAGAUCUCCGCAGAGCUAUUCAGCUAAGUAUGCAAGGUAGUUCCAGAAAUAUAUCUCAAGAUAUUCCACACACAUCAGGUACAACUCUUACUUCAGAAGAGCUGCGGAAGAGAAGAGAAGCCUACUUUGAAAAGCAGCAGCAGCAGCAGCAGCAGCAGCGGCAGCAGCAGGUAGAUCCACCAGGACAGAUUUCACAUCAUGUGAAGGGCCAACCACAAGUUCAGGAGCACUCAGGAGUGAUCCAGGUGAUGGUAUGAGUGAAGAAGACAUGCUUCAGGCAGCUGUGACCAUGUCUUUAGAAACUGUUAGAAAUAAUUUGAAAACAGAAGGAAAAAAAUAAUACCUUUUAAAAAUCAUUUAGCUAUUCAUACUUUGCAACAUUAUCCUGUGUGGUUACAACAUAGGGUCCAUUUUGGUAAUGUGUCAAAUAGAUGAGGAAAUUAAGGCUUUUAGGUGGUUUGCAAACAAAAUGAUGACAAAGUGGAAAAAAUGUGUCAGUUGUAGGACUAAAUAAUGAUCCUUUAAAUAUUAAAUAAUGAUCCUUUCAAUACUAGCCAAAGAGGCAUUCAGCAAUUAAAGAAAUUUAAAAUAG